AUGGGUUUUGGGAUUCAGACGUGUGUUAACGGAGACCCUACAUGUUGCUUUGUGUUCCAGCACUGGGAGUUUGCCCCCAACAGCGUUCACUAUUUGCUAAGUCUGUGGCAGCGCCUGGCAGCAUCUGUGCCCUAUGUUAAAGCAACAGAGCCCCAUCUGUUGGAGACCUACACGCCGGAGGUCACCAAGGCCUACAUCACGUCACGACUGGAGUCGGUUCACGUCAUCCUCAGGGAUGGCUUAGAAGACCCUCUCGAUGAUGCUGGCUUGGUCCAGCAGCAGUUGGACCAGUUGUCCACCAUUGGCCGGUGUGAGUACGAGAAGACUUGUGCACUGCUCGUCCAGCUCUUUGAUCAGUCAGCCCAGACCUACCAGGAGCUGCUGCAGUCCACCAAUUCCAGCGCGGCAGACGUCACUGUGCAGGAGGGUCGCUUGACGUGGUUGGUUUAUAUCAUUGGUGCUGUGAUCGGUGGACGUGUGUCGUUUGCUAGUACAGAUGAACAGGAUGCCAUGGAUGGAGAAUUAGUCUGUCGGGUACUCCAGCUGAUGAACUUGACGGACUCUCGCCUCGCCCAGGCUGGUAACGAAAGACUGGAACUGGCAAUGCUCAGCUUCUUUGAACAGUUCAGGAAGAUCUACAUCGGAGACCAGGUGCAAAAAUCCUCAAAGCUUUAUCGCCGGCUGUCAGAAGUAUUGGGCUUGAAUGAUGAGACGAUGGUCCUCAGCGUCUUCAUCGGGAAAAUCAUCACAAAUUUGAAGUACUGGGGCCAGUGUGAACCAAUCACCUCAAAGACGCUUCAGCUCCUCAAUGAUCUCUCCUUGGGAUACAGCAGUGUGAGGAAGCUGGUGAAGCUCAGUGCCGUCCAGUUCAUGCUGAACAACCACACAAGUGAGCACUUCUCCUUCCUGGGCGUGAACAAGCAGACCAAUCUCAGCGACAUGAGAUGUCGAACCACCUUCUACACUGCACUGGGACGCCUCCUAAUGGUUGAUCUAGGUGAGGAUGAGGACCAGUUUGAGCAGUUCAUGCUGCCUUUGACAGCGGCGUUUGAAGCCGUCGCUCAAAUGUUGAGUACGAACACCUUCAACGAACAAGAGGCCAAGAGGACUUUGGUGGGUCUGGUCCGAGACCUGCGAGGCAUUGCGUUUGCCUUCAAUGCGAAGACCAGUUUCAUGAUGCUCUUUGACUGGAUAUAUCCGGCGUACAUGCCAAUCUUACAGAGAGCCAUUGAGCUCUGGUACCACGACCCAGCAUGCACCACACCUGUGCUUAAACUUAUGGCUGAGCUUGUCCACAACAGGUCUCAGCGGCUGCAGUUUGACGUGUCGUCUCCCAAUGGUAUCCUGCUAUUCAGAGAAACCAGCAAAAUGAUGACCACCUACGGGAAUCGUAUCCUGACGUUGGGGGAGGUUCCUAAGGAUCAGAUGUACAGCGUGAAGCUGAAGGGGGUCAGCUGUGUGUUUCCAUGCUGGAAAGCUGUGCUCAGUGGCAACUACGUCAACUUUGUCUUCCGUCUCUAUGGUGACGACGCUCUGGAUAACGCUUUACAGACCUUCAUCAAACUGCUGCUGUCCAUCCCUCACAAGGACCUCGUAGAUUAUCCCAAACUCAGCCAGUCGUUCUACUCGCUGCUGGAGGUGCUGACACAGGAUCACAUGAACUUCAUCGCCAGCCUUGAGCCUCACGUGAUCAUGUACAUCCUGUCAUCCAUCUCCGAGGGACUCACGGCGCUUGACACCAUGGUGUGCACUGGCUGCUGCUCCAGUCUGGAUCACAUCGUCACCUACCUGUAGCAGCUCUCACGCUCCACCAAGAAGCGAGCGACUCCCUUGGCAACUGAUGAUCGCUUCCUGCACAUCAUGCAGCAGCACCCGGAGAUGAUUCAGCAGAUGCUGUCCACUGUUUUGAACAUUAUCAUCUUUGAGGACUGUCGCAACCAGUGGUCGAUGUCGCGGCCGCUCUUAGGUCUCAUCCUACUGAAUGAGAAGUACUUUGCCGACCUGAGGAACAGCAUCGUGAAGCAGCCCCCGGAGAAGCAACAAGCCAUGCACUUAUGUUUUGAAAACCUGAUGGAGGGAAUAGAGCGCAAUCUGCUAACCAAGAACCGCGACAGGUUCACACAGAAUCUGUCCGUGUUCAGGAGAGAAGUCAAUGACAGCAUGAAGAACUCCACGUACGGCGUCAACAGCAACGACAUGAUGAGCUGACAUUCCACACGGCGGCUGCCUCACCCCUUCACCUGCCUCACCCCUUCACCCCGCAGCCAGGAUGUCCGGGUUCUCCUCCCAGACACCAGGAGCAUGUGCAGCAGCAGCUUCGCCGGUUCCACUUCCACGUUGCACUGAGCCCACACUUUGUGUUUUAAAGGGGCCGAAGGCGGGGCUGAAGGCGGCGCCGGCGUCACGGUGCCGCCGCAGGCUGAAUGUCGCUUCGCCUGCCUUGUAUAGACGAACAGAACCAAGUGUACAUUUUUUUCCUAACCUUUUGAACAAUGUUUAUAAUAAACUGAACGGUGUGAUUGAG